AUGCCACAGGUGGACUUGGGUAUCACCAGAUGCCAAUUAGGCAAGUUUCCACGACAACCCCACAUUUCACUACUUAGUACUUGUGAGCUUGCUGUUCAAGAAGCUGUCCAGACAGUUUAUUUAAGCAGUCAUUUCCAUGAAAUUGUCUUGACUUUCACUAAUAAUCCAAUUUUCUUUUCCACCUUCGAGGUUCACACCGGAACCACCCUCAUACCUACCUUCUACGUCGCCCCAGGCCUAAUACACAUAUCUCUCGCAAUGGACGUUCCUGGAAUUGCCUUGAUCACAGGUGCCGCCUCAGGCAUUGGUCGUGCGUGCGCAAAGACAUUUACCAGGGAUGGUGCUUCGGGAAUUGCCUUGAUCGAUCUCAACCCCCAAGCCCUAGCAGCCGUCAAAGCCGAGAUCGAAGAGCAAUCAAGAAAGCAAGGAAAACCAUGCCGAGUCGAGACCUACCCCACCGAUAUCUCAGACGAGAACCGCGUCAACCAAGUCGUACAACAAGUGGCUGCAACAUUCGGUCGUCUCGACUACGUGGUCAACGCAGCCGGCAUCGCCAUGAAGCACACAGGUGGCGCGGCAUUCUGCGAAACAGCAGACUGGGAACGGAUCCUGAACAUCAACCUUACUGGUACAUUCUUUGUUCUGCGCGCUGCUGCCCAGAUCAUGCUGAAGCAAGAGCCUAUUCGAUCCUCCUAUGAUGGUCGGCCAUUGCAGCGCGGUUCGAUCGUCAACUUCUCGUCUAUUCAGGGUGUUGCUGGAAUCGCAUGGUCGACUGCGUAUACUGCGACCAAGCAUGCUGUUAUUGGAUUGACUCGUACCGCCUCAGAGGAUUAUGCUAAGGAUGGCUUGCGCAUUAAUGCUAUCUGUCCUGGGUACACUGAGACCCCUCUGACUACCAAGUCCCCGCAGAUUCUCGCGGCUAUGAAAGACAAGGUUGCCAAUGCGGUGCCUAUGGAAAGAAUGGGUCAACCGGAGGAAAUUGCCGAUGGUGUUGUCUAUUUGAGUGGUGGAAGAGCUUCUUUUGUUACCGGCACAGCCUUGUUCGUGGAUGGUGGAUACACCCAGCGAUGA